AUGGCCCACCAAGAGCAUCAACCUUCCUUAGAAGACAAGACCGACUUCGAGAAUGCCUCUCGUGGCUUCAUUGGCUCUCUCGAUCCAUGCAUUAUCCACGCCACCAAUGGACGUGUUGUAUGGAACAAUGACGAAUACGGCUUCGUCCACAACGCGGAAUGCCCUGAAACAGCCAAUCCCAAGCUCUGGCGACAAGCCCAGCUAGUCGCUAAACAGGGUUUGUUCGAAGUGACGCCUGGAAUCUACCAGGUCCGUGGUUUCGAUCUAGCCAAUAUGACGAUCGUCGAAGGAGACAGCGGUAUCAUCAUCAUCGAUCCUCUGACUUCCUCCGAAUGCUCCGCUGCAGCGUUGGCUUUGUACCAAAAGCAUCGAGGGGGGUGCCCAGUGACGGGUCUUAUAUACUCGCAUUCCCAUAUUGAUCAUUUCGGUGGCGCAAAAGGCGUUCUGCCCGAGUCCGCCGAUAUUCCUAUUCUCGCACCAGAAGGAUUCAUGGAAGAAGCGACGAGCGAGAACAUGCUAGUUGGACCGGCCAUGCGUCGUCGUGCGAUGUACAUGUACGGAAGCAGAUUACCCAAGUCUCCCGAGGGACAGUUGGGUUGUGGUAUCGGCAUGGCGGUGUCUAAUGGGACCAACGCGUUGGUUCCGCCCAACGAGACCAUAUCUCGGACCGGUCAGGAGAAGAGCAUGGAUGGAGUGAGGAUUCGAUUUCAGAUGGUCCCUGGGACAGAAGCGUCAGCUGAAAUGAACUUUCACUUCCCCGAUCGCCGAGCACUGUACAUCGCUGAAUGCGCGACGCAUUUUUUACACAAUAUCAUCACCUUGCGUGGAGCAUUAGUACGAGACGCGAAAGCAUGGGCGCACUAUUUGGACGAGUCACUGGUGUUGUACGGUGACAUAUCAGACGUUUUAUUCGCCGGACAUAACUGGCCGACCUGGGGGCAGAAGAAUCUCGCGAAGAUGAUUACAGAGCAACGAGAUCUCUACGGCUACCUGCAUGAUCAAACAGUGCGCAUGAUGAAUACCGGAAUGACGGGUAUCGAAAUCGCAGAGACAUUGAAAUUACCCCCAGCACUACAGAAAGCGUGGCACACGCAGGGUUUCUACGGGUCAGUGAGUCACAAUGUUAAGGGAAUUUACCAGCGCUAUGUCGGCUGGUUUGAUGGGAACCCUGCUCAUUUGUGGGAAUAUCCGCCUGUUGAGAAUGCUAGGCGCUAUGUGGAAUGUAUGGGAGGAAUUGAGGAGGUUGUGCGAAAAGCAGAGGGAUAUUCCCAAGCCGGGGACUUGAGAUUUGCGGCCACAUUGCUCGGGCAUGCUGUUGCACUUGAUCCCCAACAUGAGGGGUCCAGGAGGCUGUUAGAAUCGGUGUUUCAGAGACUGGGGUACGGGGCUGAGAACACGACAUGGAGAAAUUUCUAUCUAUCUGGCGCCCAAGACCUUCACUCCAGAGAGAAGGCUGAGACAGCACCUCGGUCUAUGCAGGGGUUUGCACCAAAUCAGUCAGUCGAACAGUGGCUUUCUAUCCUAUCAGUACGUCUGGAUGGUGUGAAGGCAACCAACAAGUCGUUUACGAUCGAUAUCACCCUGACCGAUGUGGAACAAAAUUGGAGGGUAAUCAUCAGCAAUGGCAUUUUGACAUACAGAGCUCAGUCUUGUCUCUCUUCUCCCGGCGAAUCAGGUCUCAUCAUCACAUUAGACAAAAGUCAGCUUAAGAAUGUUCUUAACGGCGGUUUGGAUAAGGGAACGAUUGAGCAGGAAGGAGAUCGUUCGCUUCUAGAAAGGCUGCUCUUUCUGACAGGCGUGACGAAAGAUGCCAUUCCUAGUUAA